UUUCGUUAAGUUCUCGCGUGUUGACGUCUAGUCUUUCUUUCCGUCAAAAAUUUCCUGAGGAAAAUGGCGGCCCAUAAAACCUUCAGGGUUAAGCAGAAAUUGGCUAAGAAGCUCAAGCAAAACAGACCCAUCCCACAUUGGAUUAGGAUGAGGACUGGAAAUACAAUCCGGUACAAUGCCAAGAGGCGUCACUGGAGGCGUACCAAGCUAAAGCUGUAAGCGGAAGCCUCAGAGGGAUUCUCGCAGAGGCCGACGAAUACUUGUAAUAAGGUAUAUUACAGUCAAUAAACUCCAGAAAAUAAUAAA